AUGCAGAUGGCCUUGUCGUUAGAGUGUCCGCCUCCGGAGCGGGAGGAUGUGGGUUCAAACCUAUCCGGGGACAUAUCAAUCUUCAAUAAACGGCACCUGCUGUUUCCACUCUUGGCACUGUUGAUGUUUUUUUGAUAAAGUUCCAAGGACUCAAAAAAUUCCUUAAUAUGCAUUUGCACUAUAAUUAAGUGUAUCUGCUAAGGUAACUCCAAGAUAUUUAUAAGACUUUUCAUAGUCAAGUGGCACUCCACCGCAGUUAAAUUGAAAGUUACUCAUUUCAACCCCUGGUUUUCUGAAAUGUACGAUUUUUUUUCUCUUUUGGUUAACAAAUAAACUCCAUUUAUAAGACCACUCACUUAGCUUAUCAAGCAUAACUUGCAAGGUUUCCUCGGUAGGAGCAAUAAAUGCCACAUCAUCUGGAGAUAAUAAUAUAUCUACAAAGCUAUUUCCUACUCUUACACUAUAAUAUAAGGUACAAGAAUAUGCAGGUCUCGUUUAGCACAUAUUAAAGUGGUUGUAAUGUGAUACAACGUGCGCAAUCGUGAACAUAGGCACUACAUUAGCAAUUGUGAUUUCAGUUGAAUUAAUUGGGUCAUCUGAUAUUUUUAUUUAGUUUAUCUACCCGCUUCCAUCAAAUCACACACAAAAGUGCUAACUAGGUCAAAAUGAAGUGAUGUCAGUAUGAAUCAUCCAUGAAAACCCAGUCUCGGGAGAGAGAGAUUUUGUUGUGAGUGGGGUCAGAAAGUAUGGUAGACGAGCGAGUGGGGCAACGAAUAAAAACUGAUAAUUUCCGCCGUUAUCUUCUACAAGUUCUGUCCAAUUAUUCUCUUGCACAACAGUAUUCACAAUGUUUUGGGGAGUUACUUUUGUAUUUCAAGGACGACAUUCCCUGCUUGUAGUUUCACGCUGUGUCAGGUUAGUCCCAUUUUUCGCUGAUUCUCGCAUGCUUUCCUGUCUUGUUCGACGCCACGGAGUGCUGACAGCUUCCUUUCACCUUUCAAAACAGCCUAAUGGAACUAGUAAGAACAGAAAAUUCUUACGCUGCAGUCAUGGCAGACGCUCAGCUGCCCCAUAGCCACAUUCCCUACGGCAAGGAAGGCUCUGGCUUCUACAGUGACAAUAAUAUAGGAUGUUUUAAUGUUAUAGACGCAGCCACUCCUAUGGUCCUCAGUGCUCUGGAUAAAGUUCCUGUGAAAGAUUUGGACGCUCCAUUUAUUAUUGCAGACUUUGGAACUGCAGAUGGCGGGACAUCCAUGUUUCUUUUAAAGAAAAUGAUCGCACUUUUGCGUAAAAAAUAUGGCAAAGACUUACCAGUGCAAGUGGUGUAUGAGGACCAGCCAGUCAAUGACUUCAAGUCACUGUUUUUAAGAACACAUGGUUUCCUGAGCCAUGCACCCACUUCCUUCAUGCAGGAGUUUGACAAUGUGUAUGUGUUGGCCAGUGGUACCAGUUUCUACUCCCAGUGUUUGCCUCCUGGUAGCCUGCACUUUGGAAUGUCUUUCACUGCCAUGCACUGGUUGUCUACUAGACCAAGCAGAAUCACUGGAGCUCUGGUACAUGUUGAUAUCACAGAUCCUACGGAGAAAACUCUGUUCCAAGCCCAGGCGGCCAAAGACUGGGAAAUCAUACUCCUGGCUAGAGCUAGAGAGUUGAGAUCAGGGGGAAGGGCUGCGAUCAUAGUUCAAUGUUUAGACAAAGAAGGACAAUAUCCAGGCGCCACAAAAAAUAUCACGGAGAGCGUGUUCCACAGCUUUACCAAGUACUGGAAGGAGAUGGUUACAGAGGAAGAUAUCACACAGUUAGAAAAUACAAACAUCGCAGGCAUGAAAGAAAUCCAAGUGCCCCACAGCCAUUUCCCUUACGGCAAGACAGGCUCUGGUUUCCACAGUGACAACAAUAUUGGAUGUUUUGACAUCAUAUUUACAGCCUCUCCUAUGGUCCUCAAUGCUCUGGAAAAGGUUCCAGUGAAAGAUUCAAAAUCUCCAUUCACUAUUGCCGACUUCGGAACUGCAGACGGCGGGACCUCUAUGUUUCUUGUAAAGAAGAUGAUCGAACUGUUGCGUAAAAAACAUGGCAAAGACUUACCAGUGCAAGUGGUGUAUGAAGACCAGCCGGUGAAUGACUUUAAGUCGCUGUUUUUUAGAAUACAAGGUUUGCUGAGCCAUGCCCCACCAUCCUACAUGCAGGAGUUUGACAAUGUGUAUGUGUUGGCCAGUGGUACCAGUUUCUACUCCCAGUGUUUGCCUCCUGGUAGCCUGCACUUUGGAAUGUCCUUCACUGCCAUGGAAUGGUUGUCGACGGGGUAUGAUCGUUGUUUAAUUCUAUGA